CGCUAAAAAUGAGCCCAAAAUAUAGAAGUUUCAAAAGAAUAAUUUAAAUAUACAUAUGUGUAUGAUAGAAGUGUUGGGUGGAUGUGUGUAGACUGUAGAUCAGUGGUUCUCAACAUGUGGUACGCGGAAGGUGAUCAAGUGGUACGCGAACAGCUUUAAUUUAUUGCAACAAUUAACUUUUAAGUUGGCCAAAAUAUGCUGACCACGCUUUAUCUUCCAUACUGUACGUAUUCGCUGAACGGCCUUUAUGAAUGUUUCCCCGGGCAUCAAUUUCCUUGUUUAUUUCCGUAACCAGCAACAAUCAGUAAACAUUGCUUUGUUUUUGUAGUUUUGUGUGUUAUUUGUCAGUUUUUAGUUGCGUUUCAAAAAAAAAUUUGUGAAUAUAAUAUCUUAAUUGUCAUUAUGUCUUCAAAGGAACAUUAAUUUAGUUGUUGUAAUCAAAAAUGAGUCUCACAAAUGGUGCGAUAGACUAAUUUAAACUAAGCUAUCAGUGCCUGUAAGCGGCACAUGGUUGAUUAAUUUUAAUAAAAAUAUGGGUUUUCAAACACAUAAACCAGCUUAUAAGCGCCAACACAUCAAAACAAUCUCAAAAUGAGUAUAAAAUUUUUCGCAAUAUAAAGUAUAGGAAGAAUUUUUCUGGGGUCAAGGGUCGGAGAAACGUCCUAUGGGCCAGUCCAGUCUUUAGAAAUCGCCCUCGCCUGCUAUUGUCCACAAACGAAUCGAGAUGGGCAUGUUUUCGUCCGGCUUGCGAAUUAGGUCAAUAAGGAUGUAGUGCCACAUUUUAAAAUACUCCCAUAGCGCGUGUCUUGCGCCAUUGUUUCACGCGCCAAAAAGGGGGGCUUUUCAGUGGUACGCGGGCAGAGUAAAAAACAGUAAAGUGGUACGCGGUCAGUAAAAGGUUAAGAACCCCUGCUGUAGAUGAACGACUCGAAGUUACAAGUACACAAUUAUAAAGCAUCGUGGUUGGCAUCGAAAAUUCGCCGAUAACUUUGUUCAUAGACGAGUCUCCUCUGCAAUGUACUUACUUUGUAUACUACUCUGUAUCUCUGUUUUACUAGUCAUUAAUUUGAAAUCUUAAGCUAUGAAUUUUAUUAGACUAUCUGUAUUAUUAAUUAUUUUAUGUCCAAUGCUGAUGUACUUCAUAUUCUACCUGUUCAUAUCAAAUCACAACAUCGGUGUCAGAAAGACUCAGGACCGUGACAUUGAAGCAGGAAUUACCAUAGAUGAUCGUCUUCAUAUACGAAGAGCUGAAUGGAAUCAUUAUUUAAAACUUUCGCAGAGUACGAAGAAAACAAAACGACUGCCGAACAUCAUUGGAAUAGGAGUCAAGAAAUGUGGAACAGAAGCUAUGAUAACAUUUAUUCGACAACAUCCAUUUAUUAAAACGCCCAAUUACAAAGAGACGUUUUUCUUUAACGAAAAAUAUGAUAAAGGACUGGAUUAUUACAAAAGCCAAAUGCCAGAAGUUGCAGAUGAUGAAUUGAUCAUGGAGAAAACACCACCGUAUUUCAAUUCUCCUCCGGAAUCACUCCCAGAAAUAAUCAAUAAGGAUGUUCCAAAUGCCAAAUUGAUAUUAGUACUGUGCGAUCCAGUAAAAAGAAGUUACUCAGAUUUCAUUCACGAGAAAAUAAAACCUCCCAAUUUAUCAACGGUGACUCAAUACAAUUCAUUUGAUGAUUAUUUGGAUGUAUACAUCGACAGAGUGAAGACAUCUUUAGACAAAAAUAACAAUAUAACUUUAAAAAACGUCAUGUCAAGUUACAAAAAUGAUUAUGCAACAACUCUUUUAACAACGGGACUAUAUUCAAUUCAUCUUCCUCGGUGGAUAAAUACAUUCAAUUCAUCUAAUUUGCUCAUUUUGAACGGAGAAAAAAUGAUUGAGGAUCCAGGACAUCAGGUAGGCCGAAUGCAAUAUUUCCUCGGAAUACCAAGGCUUCUACAAGCAGGAGAUUUUGUUCGCAAUUCACGGAACGGCCUAUAUUGUAUUCGACCAUGGUGGAAUGGUUACGACUUUAAAGCGGAAUUCAACAAGUCUCCAGAUUGGGAGAAAAAUUUGAUAUGUUUGUCAGAAACAAAGAAAGGCAGAACCAGACAUAAAAAUGGAAAAGUAAAUGCAACGAAAAAGCAUAUUAUUGAAUUGAAAAAUCUUUAUCGAUCUUAUAACAAAAAACUUUAUAAGAUGUUGGAGAUUAAUUUUGAAUGGCUAUGAAUUGUAGUUGCCAGUUUUUACUUUAACUAGCACUGUUAAACACUGCCACUGUAACUGGCUUUCGUAGAAAUAUAAGGUACUUCUCGUCAUUCUAAGCCUAUGGUUUAAUCAAGCAUUGCAAAUUUCCUUCUAUAAAGGAAGCUUUGGCAUUUUGUUACCUUAUUGUUUAAGUCUAAACCUACUUUGACAAUAAAUAAAUUAUUCCAUCGACACAAUUUUUAUCUCAUUUUCAAUAAUGAUUUUUGUUGGCGAGAGUUAUAUUUUCUAUUAUUUAUGUUGUUUUGUAUAGUUGUUAAAAACGGUGAAAUUUCAGUUCUUUUAUUAUUCUGAGCAAACCAUGUAAAAGAUGUGCUGUAUUCCUCAUUUGAAGCUCAACAUUUUAGUCUAUCAGAAAGCAGUAGGUUCAGGACAAUAAAUUUGUUUCAGUAAAUACGUCAAGAUAAACAAUAUGAAAAACUAUUAGAUCAAGGUUAGUAUUUUACAUACAAAUAUAAUUCUAAAAGUAGGAAUUACACUGGCAUUGCUGCACGAGGAGCUUCUAUAUUUGUGUAAUGACCGGAAUAUUUCUGAUUUGGCAUAGGCUUGCGAUUUUGGACGUGACACCUGCACCCGAGCAGUCUUACCUGUGAGGCCAACGAAACUAGUCCAACACGCUUACUAACAGACUUGUCUUAAUCAUCGAAUUCAGCGUUCCUUAGGCGAAAAAAAUUAUCGCUGUAGAAUCUGACACUUUGGUUUAAAAUGCAACUCUCGGAAAACCUUUUAAAAUAAAUAUUGGUCCUGACGUCAAUUUGUAUUUUGCAAUCACUGAAAUAGUCAAUAUAUGAUAUUUCGAAAUGAUAUAAAUACAAUUGAUAUGCAAUUAAUAAAGUUUAGAAUGUCAGCCACCUGUUGUUGUCGCAAUAGUCAAAUAGAUACAUAUUUACUGUGCCUUCAAAACAUUCUUCGGACCUCCAAAAGUAUGUGCAACAAGAUGGCGCACAACCUGAACAUAGUAGUUGCACCAGGUUAGGGUUCAGGUUGUGCGCCAUCUUGAUGCACAUACUUUGGGAACGACCAUUCUUACAUAUUUAUCUUCAAAAACAGCAUGAGAACAAUAAACACAUUGUUUAUGUACAAUUUCUUUGUUUCAAAUUAUCGACUUUAUUUAAUCUCGACCAAGCAAGGCUCAUCAUUAGUUCAUAAUUAAAUCAACUAUAUACAUAUUUACUGUGCCUUCAAAACAUCAUAGAUACAGCAUGGGAACAAUGACCACAUAGUUUACGUAGAAUUUCUUUGUUUCAGGUUAUCGACUUUCAGUUUUCAAAAACAAUUGUAUUGUAAAUCAAGCUCUAAUUCAUAGGCGCGCGAAUACAACUAAGUAUCCUCGGUUGCAUGUGGGAAAUGUUCGAAUUUAAAAUCGCAAACCUGGGAAGCUAACACAACUAUAAUUUCAGGCUCAGGGAAACAAGACACUUGAUACAUUAUGUUGCUUUUAUUUAGAAUAACUUAUUGAAAUUUGAAUUAAAAAUCCAUAGCUAACUUUAAAUAGUAAUGAAGUUGGGCAAUAGUAUUGCUUUUUAGAAAUGUUCAUUGUGAACCUGAUA